CAUCGGAGAGAAACGAACGAGAAGACUAAAACGAACCGCAGCCAUGCCCUCUCUGAACACGCUUCGGUUGUGCCUAUCCGUGCUGUUCUCUCUUGCUGCGCUCGGCGGUGUACAUGCAGAUGAAAUCUCUGGAGAAAUGAUCGAAGACGUCAACAAAUCGUAUGGCGUAGCAAAAAGUCUUUACAGACACAUCACGACAUUAAAGAACGAGCAGUUGCAAAGGGACUUUGGAGAAUCACAAAAUACGACAUACUUCGAGACGGCGAAAAUCCAGACUUUUAGCAAACCACGCAAUGUCUGUCUGUCAAAGACCUUCGAUGGAGACGGAUGUUUGAAGCAGAUUUACACUGGUUUAAGCACAUACAUCGCGUACCUCCCCUACGUGGAGAGAGAGAAUCUAACUGCAGCGGUCAUCAUCGAUGUCAAACACCUGACCACGCGCCUUUUAAACCACAUCAAGGACAAAUUGAAGGAUGGAUGGGACCACACGCUCAACGUCCCCACACUGCCCCAGGGUUCAGCGUGGACGCGGAAGAUGGUCACCUACUCCAUUCUGAGCAACUUCGAGAACUUCAUGAAAGAUACAUGCAGGGCAAUUUAUUUUAUCAAUAUAAAGCCAAAGUACGUUCGGAUGUUGGGGGGGAAGGUUCCCCACAAUGUAGUCUAACGUAUAUUACAUAAUUAAAGGUGUAGUAUUACAAUCCAAAAGAAACAGUAAUAUAUUAUUUAUUACACCAGUCAUUUAUUUAUUUAUUUAUUUAUUUGAGAAAAGGAUUUUUAAAGCAAUUAUUUAAGAGCAAUAUUCAUUUUGAAAUGUACAUUCCAGUUAUACCGGAUAUAUACUUGUAUAUGUUAUAUACGUAUACUAAAGAUCAGUGAAUGAAGUUCAAUGAAAUAUUAAGACAAUCUUUUAAAUAAUUCUAUUUGUAAAAUGACUAAAUGGUGAAGGAGAAACUUGGACUGAGUUACAUCAACUCAUGAUCAGAUCUAAACAAAUAAAACUAAAUACAAAACAUUUUUCUGUGUGCUGAGAGCUAUCUGAGAAAAACAAAAAAUAAAAUACAUCACAGCUUUUUUUUUUUUUUUUUUUACUUUGCUCAUGUUGGUGCAAACACUAACAAACACUGCUGGAGCAACA